AUGUCAAUGAGGAAAGACGUGUCAAUGAGGAAAGACGUGUCAAUGAGGAAAGACGUGUCUAUGAGGAAAGACGUGUCAAUGAGGAAAGACGUGUCAAUGAGGAAAGACGUGUCUAUGAGGAAAGACGUGUCUAUGAGGAAAGACGUGUCAAUGAGGAAAGACGUGUCAAUGAGGAAAGACGUGUCUAUGAGGAAAGACGUGUCUAUGAGGAAAGACGUGUCAAUGAGGAAAGACGUGUCUAUGAGGAAAGACGUGUCAAUGAGGAAAGACGUGUCUAUGAGGAAAGACGUGUCAAUGAGGAAAGACGUGUCAAUGAGGAAAGACGUGUCUAUGAGGAAAGACGUGUCUAUGAGGAAAGACGUGUCUAUGAGGAAAGAUGUGUCAAUGAGGAAAGACGUGUCAAUGAGGAAAGACGUGUCUAUGAGGAAAGACGUGUCAAUGAGGAAAGACGUGUCAAUGAGGAAAGACGUGUCUAUGAGGAAAGACGUGUCAAUGAGGAAAGACGUGUCAAUGAGGAAAGACGUGUCUAUGAGGAAAGACGUGUCAAUGAGGAAAGACGUGUCAAUGAGGAAAGACGUGUCUAUGAGGAAAGACGUGUCUAUGAGGAAAGACGUGUCAAUGAGGAAAGACGUGUCUAUGAGGAAAGACGUGUCAAUGAGGAAGUCAAUGAGGAAAGACGUGUCAAUGAGGAAAGACGUGUCAAUGAGGAAGUCAAUGAGGAAAGACGUGUCAAUGAGGAAAGACGUGUCAAUGAGGAAAGACGUGUCUAUGAGGAAAGACGUGUCAAUGAGGAAAGACGUUCCCCUCUCCUUUCCAUUUCCAGGUGUUUUUUGUUUCAGUGAGCUCUCCUUCAUCACAGAACCCAGUGAUGUUGUAGUAAUAACCAGGGAUCCAGUGAUCCUGGACUGUGUGGCCCACGGACAGCCUCCCAUCACCAUCAGAUGGCUGAGGAAUGGAGUCAUGGUUACGGAGAGCGCCCGGCUCCAGAUCCUGGCCAACGGAUCACUGUACAUACCCGAGGUCAGGAGAGACGGACCGGAGUCAGACAAAGGGUUCUAUCAAUGCCUCUCUCAGAAUAGAUAUGGAGCCAUAUUAAGCCAAAGAUCACGACUGACUAUCACAAAUAUCUCACCGUUCGUGGUGCAUCCCGUGCUUUUGGAGGUGACUGAGGGUUCCGUGGCCAGGUUCACCUGUCAGGUGACCUCUAACCCUCCUGCCAGCGUGACCUGGGAGCUAGACCAAAGCACACUACCGCUGGAGACAGACAGAAUCACAGUCCUGCCCAACGGAGUUCUCCAGAUCCACAACGUCCAGCUAGAGGAUGCUGGGAAGUACCGCUGUGUGGCCACCAAUAUCGGCAACCGCGUCAAGAGCAGCGAGGCAACGCUCUCCGUUAUCAAACCAGGUGUUGGCCCUAAGCCCCGUCAGAGGCCCCGAAUCAUAGCGGGCCCCCAGAACGUGACGGUGUCCCUCCACCACACUGUGGUUCUGGAGUGUAUUGCUACGGGCAACCCCAGACCCAUCAUAUCCUGGAGCCGAGUCGACAGUAAACCCAUUGACGUUUACAAUGCCAGGGUGCUGGGCAGUGGGAACCUCUUGAUCAGUAAUGUGAAGCCUCAGCACAAUGGAGUCUACCUCUGUAGAGCCACCACACCAGGAACACGAAACUACACCGUCGCUGCUGCCAACCUCACCGUGCUAGAGCCUCCGUCCAUGGUGGAGAGGCCAGAGAGCCAGACUCGUCCCAGAGCUGGCACUGCCCGUUUCAUGUGCCAGGCUCAGGGUGUGCCCCCACCUCGCAUCACCUGGCUGAAAAAUGGAGAGGAGGUGCACCUGAACGGCAGAAUCAAGAUGUACAACAGUAAACUGGUGAUCACUCAGAUCACCCCGGAGGAUGAUGCCUUCUAUCAGUGUGUGGCGGAGAACGACCAGGGCAGUGUUCUGUCCAUGGCACGCCUCAUCGUGGUGAUGUCUGAGGACCGGCCCAGCGCGCCCAGGAACAUCUACGCUGAAACCAUCUCCUCCUCAGCCAUCCUACUGGCCUGGGAGAGACCCAUCUACAACGCUGAUAAAGUCAUUGCUUACUCUGUACACUACAUGAAGGCUGAGGGACUAAACAAUGAGGAGUAUCAGGCAGUGAUUGGCAACGACACGACCAGCUACAUCGUAGAUGACUUGGAGCCAGCCUGGAACUACUCUUUCUACAUUGUGGCGUAUAUGCCGAUGGGAGCUAGCCGUAUGUCUGACCAGGUCUGUCAACACACUCUGGAGGACGUGCCCUUGCGUACCCCGGAGCUCAGUCUGACCAGCUACAGCCCUACAGACAUCCAGGUGUCGUGGCAACCCCUGUCCACCAAACUGUCCCGUGGUAACAUCUGGGCCUACCGCCUCUCCUACCGCACGGCUGCAGACGCCACGGUUUUGUCUGUGGAGCUGGCCCAGAACAACACCCAGUACCUCCUUGGUGACCUUCAGCCUGAUACCAUCUACCUUCUCCGGAUCGCUGCAGCCACCAGGGUGGGGUGGUGUAAACCCUCCUCCUGGACCUCCCACCGCACUCCCAAAACCUCCAGUAAUAAAGUGCCACCAGCCCCACUGCUGCAGCAACUGGAGCCUCUCAACUGCACCUCCAUCUUGGUUCGAUGGCAGCCAUCUCCAGGCUCCGUGGUCGUCCAGGGUUACCGGCUCUGUUACCAUGAGGAGGGCCAACCAGAACACCCCUCCAUCCAGCUCCAGCCUGAGGACACAGAAUACACCAUCAGUGGCCUGGACCCAAGGAGGAAAUACCAUGUGAAACUGUUGGCAUUAAGCCUUGUAGGAGAUGGUUACCAGGCCGACCAGACACUCAGCACCCCGGGAUGUGUGUCUGUACGAGAUCACCCGGUGGCCUCCCCUCCAGCCCCGGACCACGUGAGUGCGGUGGCUAACAGCUCGUCAGCGGUGUACCUUCGGUGGAGCCGUCCCGCCUUCGCCUCUAGGAAGGUUGUCAGCUACACAGCUCGCUGUACACCUGUGGGCCUGAUGAACGCAUCAGCUGUACGCUACAUACAGACUACCAACCAGAGUGUGCAGAUACAGAGCCUGGACUCCAACACUCGCUAUGAGUUCGUGGUGCGUCUCCAUGUCGACCAACUGGCCAGUCCCUGGAGCAUGGUUGUCUUUCAGAGGACUCUACCAGCAGCGCCCAGCCACCCUCCUGAAGGUGUGCGGGUGAGUCUGAUUGAGGACGGUACAGCCCUGGUUUCCUGGAGAGAACCAGCGGAGAACAACCUGGCCGUGACGCACUACACCAUCCUGUACGCCUCACAGAGGGCCUGGCUGGCCGGAUACUGGCAGACACUGCAGAGGGAGGGAAGUAACACCAUGGCCCUGCUGGAGCGUCUGGAGCCUGGUAACGUCUACCUGGUGAAGAUCUCUGCCUCCAACCAGGUGGGAGACGGGCCCUUCUCUACUACUGUGGAGCUGGCCCUGGGGCCUGGCUCUAGACACAGAGGGAAGAGCCCCAGGCACUCGGGCAGCGGCUCCUCCUCCUCAGACACCACAGUGUUCUCGGACGACCUGUACCACACAGAGCAGAAUUCCAUGACAGGGAUCAUCGUGGGGGUCUGCAUCGCUCUGGCCUGUAUAGUGAUGUGUACCAUCAUCCUCAUCAGCAAAGGCAGAUCCAGGAAAUCUUCCAUUUGUAAGAUAAUUGACGUAGUGAAUGGUGAGGGAACCCAUGGUCCAAAUACUGGUUUGGCCCUGGCCAAUGAACACCAGGCUGAGAACAUAGAGGCCCUGAUGCCCAUGAUGGCACCACACUUCAUUGAUGCCAAGGGUGGGACAAACCUGGUGAUUACAGAAGCUGGUCCAGUCUGCGGUAUGAACCGCAGUAAGAGAUGGCAGUUUUUUAAGACGGAGAGAGACAAUAGAAAUACAAGUCAGGCUGAGAACAGAGCAUGUCUGUACGAGGCAGGGAAGACCGUUCUGUGUUACGAAGAGAAGGAGGGCGCGUCUCCCCUCCAGCCCUCCAGCCUGCAUAUCCUGUUCGGUCCACUAGGGGGCUUACAGAGCUCCGGGGGCUUUAGUGAGGGAAACAGCUCUGGGACUACUGAGACCAGCGACGGGAGUCAGGAGACAGGAGACUCUGGUCACUACUCCAACGAAGAGAUAAGCAAUGAGAUGAGCAACCCGUCCACCGCCACCUCAGGCCGUAACUCCCGGCCUCCGUCCUUCGGCCUGGUCAUGACACCGUCCAGCAUCCCUCACGUCCCUGUUCCCUCUCGGCUGAGGAAGCUGCUUAUCCUGCCCAGGCCACCGUCCAGCAUCCCUCACGUCCCUGUUCCCUCUCGGCUGAGGAAGCUGCUUAUCCUGCCCAGGCCACCGUCCAGCAUCCCUCACGUCCCUGUUCCCUCUCGGCUGAGGAAGCUGCUUAUCCUGCCCAGGCCACCGUCCGACAUCCCUCACGUCCCUGUUCCCUCUCGGCUGAGGAAGCUGCUUAUCCUGCCCAGGCCACCGUCCGACAUCCCUCACGUCCCUGUUCCCUCUCGGCUGAGGAAGCUGCUUAUCCUGCCCAGGCCACCGUCCAGCAUCCCUCACGUCCCUGUUCCCUCUCAGCUGAGGAAGCUGCUUAUCCUGCCCAGGCCACGGUCCAGUCAACAGGCUCGUCCUGGUGAUAGGUUACCCAACCUGAAUGUCUUUUAG